UUUAGAAGUGCACUCCCCUGCAGCACACCCAUGCACAUGCUUACAGUAUCAGUCAGGUUCAGCAACUCGGGUGCCAAACACAGCUGUACUAGGAUCUACUUUUGUGGGACAGAUUUGUCCACAAACCUGCUUUUUGAAGAGUUUUAGAUGAACCACCAUGGGGCAGAGAGUGAGAGACUUGUGCUGCAGCCCUCACCUGUAUAGGAGUUUGAGGUGACUGUCAACAGAUUGCUGAUUGCGAGAUUUACAAGGAGUGGCUGCUGUGGUUGUUCUCAACAUUUGGAGCGUCAAAGAUAAGGAACCAACUGGUGGGAAGCUGGAUUUCUAGUCUCUUACAGCAACCAUGGAUCUAACGUUGUGGCAGUACCAGUUCAGGAUCAUCAUGCUGGGGGACUCCACAGUGGGCAAGUCCUCCCUGCUGAAGCGCUACACAGAAGACUUGUUCCUGGAGUCCAUCAACCAGACGGUGGGUGUAGACUUCUACGUUCACUUCCUGGAGGUGGAGCCGGGCGUCCGCGUCAAGCUGCAGUUCUGGGACACAGCCGGGCAGGAAAGGUUCAGGUCUGUCACCCGUUCUUAUUACCGCAACUCAGUCGGAGGCCUGCUGGUGUUUGACAUGACCAACCAAGCCUCCUUUGACCACAUUAAGGAGUGGCACGAUGAGGUGUGCGAGCGAGUGCAGCCGCAUAAGGUUCUGUUUGUCCUGGUGGGACAGAAGAGCGACCAAGAUGCUCAGGCGGGGAGGGUGGUGAGUCAGGAGCAGGCUGAGAAACUGGCCGGGCAGCUAGGGAUGCCGUACAUCGAGGCUUCUGCCAAGACGGGUCAGAACGUGAGGGAGGCCUUCGAGCUGCUCACUCGGAGGGUCUACCAGGGUCUGCUGAGCGGAGAGGUGGAGCUGCAGGAGGGCUGGGAUGGAGUCAAGUGUGCCGCACCUCAUGCGCUUCAGUUACAGAGAGCCAGCCUGACACAACCCAGCUCCACCACCACCAAGAAGAAGAAGUGUUGUAAUUAAACCGUGGACUGGCGGUGGUCUCCCACAAUGUUACAAUAGAACUAAAACCAGCUCCCAGGAGGUCUGAUCUAUGCUGGAGGUUUAAUGUAAUAACGGGACCAUCAUGAAAACCACUAAAGUACAAUGUUUUGACUUUCAUCUUUGGGCCAUGAUGGCAAUGUUGAUCAGUUGUUUGGUAAAACAGAUAAACGUACUUUUAGAUGACAGAUUUUAGAUCCCAAGAGGAUUUUUCCCCACUGACUUUGGUGAUUCCCUGACUUUUUUUGGUACCACUUUACAAUAAGACUACCCUUAUAAAGGAUUCAUAAAGGGUUUAUAAUUAGGUUAUGAAUUAGGUUGUAAACACUUUAUUUAUCAUUAAGAACCAUUUAUAAACCAGUUCUAACAUAGACGUCAACACAGGCUCACUAUUUGGCAAGAUGACUAAGCCUUAUAUUGGCUACUUAGCGAGAAUCAACUCCGUGAGCAACAGAUACCAAGGAUGCUGGCUGAUGAAGGAGACGAAGUAAGCUAAGUAGCCAAUAUAAGGCUUAGCAGUACAGAUAAAUGUGGACUCACUAUUUGACAAGCAACCGGUCACUGCCCUGUUUAUCUCAUGUCUUAUAAAAGCUUAUUCAGGAUUUAUAAAGUGUUCACAACCUAAUUAAUAAAUAAAUUAUAAACUAUUCGUAAACCCUUUAUAAGGCUAGUCUUAUUGUAAAGUGGUACCCUUUUUGUAUCUAACACCAGCAGCAGGUUGCCAUGUUUGUUUUUUGGUGAAAUGUCUGAAUAUUUACUCCAGGUGCUCAGGCCCUUUUACUUUUGUUCUAGCGCAAUCUUCAGUUCAAAUUUUACAUUUGGCCCAACACUUGGGUUUAUGAAAACUAAAAUCAUGCCUAUUUUCCAAAGCUGUACUUUUUGGCUGUUGCUAUUGUUCGGGGAUAAAAUGGUGACAUGAUAUAUUACCUGCUAAUCAGCAGCAUGCUAACAAGCUGAUGUUAGCAAUAGUCACAUGUUGCUAGCGCAGCUGUAAACUCUUAUUUAAUUGCAAAAUCUCUAGUUCCUUCCUUUAUAGGACUUUUAAAACUUGACAGAGCGGUUCAGAUCUCGUUGGUGAGAUGCUAGGCCAACAGCUGAUCAGCCUAACAUGGACUGAUGAGGUCUUUGCUUACCUGAGUUCAGAAGGGCAGGAGUUGUAAUGAGGACAUAUUGAUCCACCACUGGUGCCAGAUGAGAGUGCAUCACAAUGGCAUUCAUUGUAUACAAGUGGGAUACGAUCACAUCUUCUCUUCUAUCGAUGUUUGGACAGUAGGUUGCCAACCUUGGUGUCCUGAUUCCAUUACCAUAUCUGAUUGGUCAGAAUGUGUACUGUUGUUGCAAAUUGGCAUCAUUUGUUUUAUUUUUCCUUGUGAGACUGUACAAUGACACUGCUUUUCCUUCUUUAGAACCCAUCUCCGCACCUUAAUCUGUGAUUCUUGUCCAUGUUACUUGUUCUGUCGGUGAUUGGCAGCUGUUAUUUCGGGUGCCUUGGUGGAGAUUAUAAACAUCCCCCUAUGACUGUGAAUUGUGCUGCAAUGCUUUGGGCCUGAUCGGUGUUCUCUAGAGACGGCUUUGUUGCAUCACAGCAUGUUGAGAGUGAGCGCUGGUUUUGGACGUCCUUUUGUUCAAAUUAAUUAAUUUAUACAACUCUAGGGUACAUUUGGAUAUUGUUUUAUGUUGUGAGAGGUUUCCAUAGCAAUUACUGUCCGUCUGGCAGAUUAAACAGCCACCUGUGUUUCUGCAGAGAAAAGGCAGACCAUUUGUUUUGCUACUAAAAGAAACCCAGAGAUUUACUGACAGGUUAACUGUUGUGUGUUUGUACAGGGAUGUUAUUGGCUCAAUGCAAAUAUACCACAUGUGAAAUGAUCCUAUUAGUUAGACUCACUUAUGUCAAAUGCUGCAAAUACAAAAUGUCUCUUUUGAUACCAGAUCCUUUGUUUAUGUAUUUAUUAUUUUGUGAAAAGUACCAUUUCUUCUAUAAUUGUUUUGCUGAAAUAGACAAAAAUAAAACUUGCAGGGAUGGUG